AUGGAUGAUGCGCUGACGGCGUACUUUCCGCAGGCGGCUGAGCCCGCGAGUGGAGGAGUCCCGCGUCUCAUGCCGCCGACGACAAUUGUGAACGGGAGCACAGUUUACCUUCUCCUCGGACAGUACGUCGCCGCGGGCUCUGUUCCCGCCAACGGGAGUAGUGCCCCCUACACGGAACUGCUGCUGGCAAAGGUGGCCUUCGACUCCAGCGCAAAGCUCAGUGCGCAGACACGUCAAAUCCAGUGGGCCGACGCCUACUCCCUGUGGCCCUACUUCCCCACAACGAUUUAUUACAGGUCCAUCGUGGAGGUGGUGGGCGGCGGCGGCACUGGUGUCGUGCUGGACGACGGGACGCUCACCUUCCCAGUGCAGGCCCGAAAGGCAGACGGGACGGUGGUCUCCCUCGUCCUGCAGUCGCGAAGGCCCGAAGAAGCGUGGGAGCUCUCGUGGGGCACGACCGUGAGCGGCUGCUCCAACCCCGCCAUCGCCGAGUGGGACAGGAAAUACGGGACCCUCUACAUGGUCACCUCCUGCGACGAGGGCUUCUACAGGGUGGUGAGGUCCCGUUACUGGGGAGAGGAGUGGGUGGAUGAGGACGUGGUGCUUUCCCGUGUGUGGGGCACCUCACGCGCCCGAAGAGGGAAUGGCGUGCGAAGCGGGUUUGUCGUUGCCACCAUUGGGGGAAAAAAACUGAUGCUCCUCACGACGCCGGUGUAUUCUGAGGGCAAAGACGGCAAAGCACAAGGUCGUCUGCAUCUUUGGUUGACGGACAGGGGACGCGUGUACGACGUCGGGCCGAUAUCCGCCGCGGAGGAGGACGCCGCUGCCAGCUCCCUGUUGUACAAAAGUGACAAGGAUGGGGAGUUGAUUUCGGUAUACGAAAGGAGGAAGAAGACGGGGGAGGAGUCGUACAGUCUUGUCUCUUUGCACUUGGCGGAGCAGCUGGAGCAGGUAAAGUCUGUGGUGAAGGGCUGGACUGCAUUGGACACCGCCUUGCAAAGCUGCAAAACCAGCGGAAACCUCGACCCGCAAGGGAGGGGCAUGUGCAGCGGCCCUCUUCCCACGGAAGGGCUGGUGGGGUUUUUGUCUGGGAAGUCAACUGGCGGCAAGUGGGAGGACGAGUACCUCUGCGUGAACGCGACAGUUCAUGGAGCAACAACGAAGUUUACGAACGGCGUGACGUUCAGCGGCGCCGGGGCGGGGGCGGAGUGGCCCGUGGGGAAACUGGGGCAGAACCAGCCGUACUACUUUGCGAACAACAAGUUCGCCCUUGCGGUGACGGUGACGAUCCACGCGGUACCGGAGAAGGACGGCGGCCCCAUCCCUUUGCUGCGGGUGAAGAUGGACGACGCAGCGAGCACUGUGCUCUUUGAGCUGUCGUACAACCAUGAGCGGAAGUGGCUCUCCAAACCUCAUCGCGGCGCGUCUGAGGAGUCUUUGGAGCAGUGGGAACCCAACCAAACCUACCAAGUGACACUGCAACUGGAAACAAACGACUGCUAUGUGUACGUUGACGGGAGCAAGAUUUACCAUGGAACCCACGAUGGCUCUAUUUUCGACGCAAGCAGGAUCUCGCACUUCUGCUUUGGGGCCGAUGCCGGGGGCGGUGCGGCGAGCAGCCAACAUGUGACGCUGGCCAACGUCCUGCUGUACAACGACCUGCUGGGUGAAGCUGCGGUGCAGAAGCUCAGCGACGGCAAGCCGAUUUCCGCGGCCGGCGGCAGAGACGGACGGUUCCGCCGCCGAC